AUGUCAAUUCCAGAUUAUAACACAUCGUCCGCGGCAUUGAGGAAACGUAAGACCACGAAAAAGCUGAUCAACUUUUCGAUCAUGAUCGUUGGUGAAAGUGGCUCUGGCCGGUCCACCUUGAUCAACUCUUUGUGUGGCGGAAACUCUAUCGUGCCUACUUCCCUGACUGCUACCCAGGACCCAUAUACCAGGAAACUCACUUUAAGACACGAGAAUGUCGAGUUGGAAGACAAUGAGGGACAUAAAAUUUCUUUGAAUAUCAUCGACACACCUAACUUCGCUAAUGGGUUGAAUUGCGACGACGAUUUCCGAGUCGUUGUUGAUUUCAUCAGACACCAGUAUGAUGAAGUAUUGUUAGAAGAGAGCAGGGUGAAGAGAAAUCCUCGAUUCAAAGAUGGCCGUAUUCACGUUUUGAUGUACAUGAUUAAUGCCACAGGCCACGGACUUUCAGAAAUAGAUGUCAAAUUCUUGAAGCACAUCAGCGGGCUUGUAAAUGUCAUUCCUAUCAUUGCAAAGGCGGAUGCUUUGACCCCUGAAGAAAUGAAGUUGAACAAAGAAUUAAUUUUGGAAGACUUGAACAAUUAUGGCAUAAACUACUACAAGUUCAACGAAUAUGAAUAUGAACAAGAUUACAUCGAUGACGAGAUCGUUGCUUACAACAAGUAUUUGAACCUGUUAAUCCCGUUUGCCGUUAUUGGAGCAAACACGUACAGAGAGACCAACGAUGAGGAGGAUUUAUUAAAGUUGAGAGUAUUGAAUCCAGCACAUUCAAAGCCGAUUAAUAUCGAGUUACCCGAAUUCAACGACUUUACAAUUUUGAAGAAUGUGCUUCUAAUUACCCACUUGAAUGAAUUUAAGGACCUUACUCAUGAUGUGAUCUAUGAAAAUUACAGAACUGAGGCUUUGUCUGGUAAGCAGUUCCAAUACAACACUGAGGAGAAAGACUACACUACUUCAAACGAUGCGCCAGGAUCAGACUACCUAGCGAAAGAGGAGCAGAUUAAAUUGGAAGAAGAGAGAUUAAGAAAAUUUGAAGAAAGGGUGCACCAAGACUUGGUGAACAAGAGAAAGGAACUUUUGGAAAGAGAGAGCGAAUUGAAAGAAAUCGAAAAGAGAUUGCUUGCUGAAGGUUUGAAGAUGGAUGAAGAUGGAGAAUUGGUGAAAGUCGAAGAGUAA